UUAUAAAUGGGCGGGGCUGGAUAUGGUAAUUACCCAGCUACUGAGAUAAGCAUGCAAUGGAAGAGUUGACUGAUUCAAGUAUAUCUGAUGAAUGGGAAGAGGAGGUGAUUCUCCUGGUAGAGCUCAAGGGACUACCCAAUGCUGAGGAACCUAUCCUAGCCUGCAGGGACACUUGUAGCAUCCUGGGUAUGGACUCCCCUGAGCCUAUGCUGCAGCUGGACCAGUACCUGUUUAAGGGCAACUACGAAGACAUCGUAGGCACAACAAUGGUGUUUGAACAAGAUAAAGGGAAGAAGUUGAAUUACAUUUGCAAGACUAACAAGAAAUUGACCAUGAGCAGAGUGAUUUUGAAGCCUAAAGAGACCCCCCAUGAAGAUACAGAUGUACCCCCUACUGGUGACGAGAAUAGUACAGAGGAAGCGACUGACUACGAAGGAACAGAUAUUACAGAGCCCCCUCAGAGGAAGACUGAUUCACCAUCCACACAAACUCUUCCUUCUCAUGCAAUGAACAUUUGUUGACUACACGUAUAUAUCACUUCUUGAAAAAAUAAUAAUGAGCAAUUUUUUUCAAUUAA